UGUGCUUGUGUCGUGUGUGUAUGCAAACAGACAGUGGGUACGAUGCGGUAACACUUUAUUUUACAGUGUCCUUGUUACAUGUAGCCUACUUACAAUAGCAUAAUUAUGCAUAAUUACAUGCAACUAACCCUCAACCAAACCCUAAUCCUACCCUAACUCUAUAGUAAGUAGCCUACAUGUAUAAUAUUACUUAAAUAUAUAAUUACGCUGUCAAUGACACCGUAAAACAAAGUAUAACCGCACAAUGUGUUCUUGAAUAAAAUCACUUCUAGCCUAGGGCACAAUGAUCCUCUGUAGCCCAUUUAAAAAUAUUUAAAUUAUAGAAAACUAGCUGUAUUUAAGAUAAAACCUAAAGGUUUACAUUUUGUUACUUUGUUUUAGGUUCCAAGGGUGGAAUCAGAUGUGGAGGAGUAACGCUUCAACAUGGAAACUUGGCAACUCCACGCAAACACACACACACGUUUUUGUUUAUGAAAAUAAAAGUAUUUUUGUGUCCUGAUAUUCGGAAUUUGUGUGUUUUUCCUUGUUGUGUGUUUGUUCCUUGGUUGUUCAAUUUUGUGUUAUCAGACUAAUGCUACACUAUAAAAGGGUGUUAAGAUGUUAAAAGGACUUCUAGUGAAGUUCCGUAAAGGUCCCCGAAAGUUUUCUAAACGUCCCGUGAAUGUCCCUCGGGACGUCGCGCGAACGUCCCCCGCGAAGUCCUGCGAACGUCCCGCUGACGUCCCCCGCAACGUCCUGCGAACGUCCCGCUAACGUCCCCCACGACGUCCUGCGAACGUUUAAAGAACCCUACACGAAGACGUUCAGGGAACGUUCGCAGUGGACGUUCAGGGGACGUUCUGGGGACGUUUUUUUGUUAGCUGGGUAGGCUUCAUCGUUGAGAGAAGCGAUGGGACAGAUUCGGGGAUUAUUAUUCUAGACAGAGGGGCUGAGGUUUAAUACUUUCUGGAUUAACUCUGUCGUAAUCGGAACAGACUACGUCGGAUCAGGCGGUGCUGAAAUUAAUGUGCGAACGUUUGAACGCUACCUCUGAAAUGAUCGGUUUUAAGAAAAGUUGCGGAACUCAUUCAGCUGAAUUACACUGCUAUAGAUUUGGAGAACGCUACUUUUAAAAUGUACCCCAGUCACAAAUCCUCAAAGUUGUGUUUGCUGCAAGAAGAAACUGUAUUGGGAGGUCAGAUGCAGACUCGGUUAAAACGCCUGUGCCAGUGCUGAUUCUCAAGAACAAAAUCGUCCCGUAUUUGCUGCAAUCGCUAUAAAUAACGACAAACUGUUUCAUAUGGGCGAAGCGAGAAAUUGGUUCCGUUUCUGUUGGACACGGGCUCGCUGUCAAGAUUACGGUGCUUCAGAUCCAGAGAGGGAGAAACGAUGGGCCGAAAUGUUUGACCAACUGGAUCAGAAUAAAGAUGGAAGAAUCGAUGUGAAUGAAUUCCGCACCGGAUUAACCGCCUGGGGAAUCGUUCGCAGUGAGGUAGACGAGAUUGUACGUGUGAGUGACACCAAUCACGAUGGCCAGCUGGACUUUGAGGAGUUUGCACAGUAUCUCCGUUUGCAUGAAAAAGAGCUCAGACUCAUGUUCUGCAGUCUGGACAGCAACAACGAUGGUCACAUAGAUGUUGCAGAAAUACAGCUCUCCUUGCGCAGCCUCGGAGUGAAUGUAUCCACAGAGCAGGCCUCCAGAAUCCUGCAAAGCAUAGACAGAGAUGGCAAUAUGACCAUUGACUGGAAUGAGUGGCGGGACCACUUCCUGUUUAACCCCUUGCAUAACAUAGAGGACAUCGCUUACCACUGGAAACACUCUCUGAUGUUGGACAUUGGAGAGCAGCUGACUGUGCCGGAUGAGUUCUCAGAGAAGGAGCGACGCUCAGGUGUGGUGUGGAGACAGCUGUUGGCCGGUGCAAUAGCAGGAGCAGUAUCACGAACAGGAACUGCUCCCCUGGACCGCCUUAAAGUUUUUCUUCAGGUCCAAGGCUCUAGUGGGGUGAGUCUGUUGGGUGGUUUGUGGGGAAUGGUGCAGGAAGGAGGAUUGAGGUCUCUUUGGAGGGGCAAUGGCAUCAAUGUGCUCAAAAUUGCCCCAGAGUCAGCUAUCAAAUUUAUGUCUUAUGAGCAGAUAAAGUGGCUGAUCAAAGGCAAUAAGGAGGGUGGCACUCUGAGGGUUCAGGAACGGUUCAUUGCUGGCUCACUGGCUGGAGCUACAGCUCAGACUAUCAUCUACCCCAUGGAGGUGUUGAAGACUCGUCUGACCCUUCGAAAGACAGGACAAUACUCUGGCAUGGCAGACUGUGCCAAGCAGAUACUGCGUAAAGAAGGGGUGCGGGCGUUCUAUAAAGGCUAUGUGCCCAACACCCUUGGCAUUAUCCCUUAUGCUGGCAUUGAUCUGGCUGUCUACGAGACUCUAAAGAAUGCCUGGCUACAGCGGUGCUGCAUGGGUUCGGCUGAUCCUGGGGUUCUGGUGCCGCUCGGAUGUGGCACUGUGUCCAGCACAUGUGGACAACUGGCUAGUUACCCGCUGGCUCUAAUCCGCACACGCAUGCAGGCUCAGGCCUCAGCAGAUGGCACUCCCCAGCUGUCUAUGGUUGGCCAGUUCAAACACAUUGUGUCCAAUGAAGGCAUUCCUGGACUCUACCGAGGCAUUGCCCCCAAUUUCCUCAAAGUCAUUCCUGCUGUUAGCAUCUCUUAUGUGGUUUAUGAGCAUAUGAAGAAAGCUCUGGGAGUGGGAUCUUAAAGACCAAAUCAGAGUUAAAGAAAAAAACAGAAACCCGGUGUUAUAAGAAGGACAUUGAGACUUCUGAGCCUGGUCGAUGAAGUUAGGAAAAGACUAGCGAAUGGCAGAAAGAGUCAGUGAAUCACCUAAAAACCUACACUGCAUCAUACCCUAUCAUCCCUAAAAAAAUAUAUUUUUAUAGGAUGGAAAGAUGGUGUUGGGCUGUGGUUAUUAAGAACAGUGGUUGUGAUUAGAGCAUAUGUUCUUCUGUGACUCAUGGUUAUUUAACACUAUCUGCUGUUUCAUACCUACAAUUUUCACUAGAGAUGAGCAACAUUACAUAGUGUUUCAUUUGAUUGUAAUUGUAAUGUUGUUGCCCUUAUGAUAAAUUUGGGGUAAAUUAACCAGAUAUUAUUAUUGCCAUCUGAUGAUAGUGAGUAAUGGCGGAAUAGUAUUUAAGAAGGAUAACCAAUUUAAUUUAAUUUGUAUUUAUUUAUUUUUAUACGGUAAUAACCAAAGUUCCCCUCCUAAAAUUGACCGAAAUAUUUCAGAAAAAUUAUGAAAUGUUAAGAAAAGUCUCUUCUGUCUGAUGUUUCAUUACAUUUGCAGCAAAUGCAACUUAUGAAUGAGUGAUAGGCUAUUGAAUAGUACAUUUCAGGAGGGGUUUACCUUGUUUUACAAUUCAUCUAUUUUUGUAAAGGCAUAAUAUACUAGACUAAGA